UCACACACACAGACACGCACACACACACCCCUGAAGCCGAGCGCGCAAGAGCGAGCGCAGAGAACAGCGCGGAACUAACGGACCAGUGAGCGAGUGUGUGGAAGGACUUCUACCUCCGAAUAGUAUCGCAGAGAAGUCUCACAAGAGACAGAAAAUAGACAGAAAAGAAAAGAAACGAUAUUUUAGGCUCCGUGAACGGCCCGUUUGUGUUGUUUAUAUAUUCGUUUUCGUUUUCUGAUUGUCCGGUCUCUUUCUUUGCUUUUAACGGACAAGGAAUUUACAGACUUCAGUUGCGCACAAAAACAUUAUCAAGCAUGAAAUUACUACUAUCAGCUGUAGUGCUUUUCUUGGUUCUGGCGCAAGUAUUUUGUGAAGAAUUCGGUGCCAAAGAGGAUCCAGAUUACUGGUCGAACAGCAUUCGAAUACAGGAUGAGUGGUUCCCCUCCGAUCCGUUCAGAGAGAUCCUUCGGCGGAUGACGAGAAAGCCCCGACCCAAUCAAUUCAUCGGACUGAUGGGCAAGCGCUCCUCUGCAAACGCACAGAUCACCCGGAAGAGGCAUAAAAUCAACUCUUUUGUGGGCCUGAUGGGAAAGAGGAGUCAGGAAGAGCCAGAUUCCUAUGAGUGGAGCACAAUACGGAGCUACGACACGCGACGCUAACGCUAGCAUCGCCCGCGCGUACCAGCUGCUCCACCCGCUCCACCCUCAUGCCGCCACCACAACCCCCGCCCCCCCCCCCCCUCUUUUGUUCUCUUGGGUUUUGGUAACGGAAGGAAGUGUAGCUGGUUGCCCCUGUAAAGUGUAAACGUGUGGGUUUCUCAUUGUGUUUGCUGUGGCAGUGAUGUGUUGAUGGUGGCCAUUCCACAUUCCUCAGUACGCGUCAACUGAACUUCACCGGCCCGCAGAGACUCCUCUCAAACAGCUCAUCCUGUUCUCAGCCCAAUCACUGUCCAGCUGUGGCGUGGUAGCCAUGGAGAUGUGGCGACAGCUGUUGUGAUUGGUCCAAUCAUAGCUUUUGCCGCCCAGGGCACAUGAAGAAAUUGCACUGCCAACCCCACAGUCUAGUGCCUCGUACGUCUCUGCCAUCACCAUCUCAACCGAAUGUGCUGUAAACACAAACACAUCUGAGUUGUUUCGUUUUCCGUUGGUUUAGUUUCCCCACCAGUCUGUGGCUUCUCGCCCCGUUACCUUGUGAUUCAAGGUGUUAAGUGCGAUAUGACAGUCUUGUAAUUGUGUGUAAUGUGGCAUAAUAUAUUAAAAUUAUUU